AUGGUCCAAAGCUUGAACUUAUCAGGCAUUGUUAAUGCUUUUCGCUUAUUAUGGAAUCCAAGCUUAGCUAUGCCUCACAUUAUUGUUGACGACAUUCGGCACAUUCAGUUUUCAAAUUUGAAAAAGAUUGGCAAUAUAAAAGCCAUUGGUUUCGAUAAAGACAAUUGUUUAACUGCACCUUAUGUAUCAACCAUUAACCCGCCCUUUAAGAAUGCCUGGGAUAAUUGUAUAAAAACUUUCUCAAAAGAAAAUGUGAUAAUUGUAUCUAACUCAGCCGGUACAGAAGAUGAUAUUGAUUAUAAAGAUAAUCCUUUUCCCCCCCUUUUUUUACUAUUGUCAAUACAAGCCCAGCAUUUGGAGAAAUCAUUAGGCGUAUCUGUUUUACGACAUAAAGAAAAGAAGCCAUCUGGUGGGCAAUAUUUAACAAACUAUUUUAGUCCCAUUUCAUCAAGUCAAAUAGCAUUUGUAGGUGAUCGUAUUCUGACAGAUAUAGUAUACGGUAAUUGCAAUGGAAAUUUAACAAUAUGGACAAAGAAGAUAAUUACAGAAGAAGGUGAUAAUAAAAUGGCUUUAAUGAUUAGACGCUUCGAGUAUCGUUUAAUAAGCUUUUUACAAAAAAUGAAUGUUAAAGCGCCACCACACCAUUCUAUUUCUAUUGAUAAGAACUAUACCAUACCUGUUAAGUAG